UUGACCUCAGCGCGGUCGGUCCUGGUCGGAUCCAGUCUGGGUGAAGCGGACUUCUUGGUGCGAGAUAAUCGGCGGAUGAUGUGAGGUAAUGAGGCGCAGAUGUUGGGGGACAAACCCAGACGCGCUCCUCUCCGCCGACGACAGUUGCGCAACAGCAAUGGAUACGAGCCAGAGCGCGCAAGUAGCCGACAUGGGAGGAGAGCACUCCGCCGGGGUGUGCGCGGCGGACCGGGACCGGGAGAGGGGCGAGGUGACCAGCCCCUGCCCGCCGGCCAAGCAGCGUUCCCUGCGGGUGGUGUACGUCCUGAACGACGGGCUGAAGUCGGUGAUGGCCAGCAGCCCCGAAUCCGGCGCGCUGCAGUGUCUGCAGAGAGCGUGCGACGCGGAGAGCGCGCUGCUCACCACCGUCACCUUCGGCCGGCUCGACUUCGGAGAAACGUCCGUGCUGGACAGCUUCUACGAUGCAGACAUCGCGGUUGUGGACAUGAGCGACGUGUUUCGGCAGCCCUCCCUGUUCUACCACCUGGGCGUGAGGGAGAGCUUCGACAUGGCGAACAACGUCAUCCUGUACCACGACACCGACCCCGACACCGCGCAGUCUCUGAAGGAUAUGGUGGCGCAGAAAAACACAAAGGCCACUCGUUCUCCAGCAGUAGGUUUUCCAUGGGUUCAGUUGCCUCCAGAAUACAGAGGCUGUGGAUUGCGUAAUAAAGCGUCCAGCGGUAACUACUACUUCAUCCCCUACAUCGUGACUCCCAACCACGAGUACAUGUGCUGCGAGAGCGACGCCCAGCGGCGGGCCAGCGAGUACAUGCAGCCCAGCUGGGACAACCUGCUGGGGCCGCUGUGCGUGCCCCUGAUGGACCGCUUCACCGGCCUGCUGAAGGACAUCCACGUCACCUCCUGUGCGUCCUUUAAGGACACCCUGCUGAACGACAUCAGGAAGGCCCGAGAGAAGUACCAGGGCGAGGAGCUGGCCAAGGAGCUUUCCCGGAUUAAACUCCGAAUUGACAACACGGAGGUUCUCACCCAGGACAUCGUGAUGAACCUGCUCUUUUCUUACCGGGACAUACAGGACUACGACGCCAUGGUGAAGCUGGUGCAGACGUUGGAGAUGCUGCCGACUUGUGAUCUGGCGACGCAGCCCAUGAUCCAGUUCCACUACGCGUUCGCCCUCAACAGGAGGAACAGCCCCGGGGACCGGGAGCAGGCUCUCGGAGUGAUGCUGCAGGUGUUGCAGUCCUGCGAACAUCCAGCGCCGGACAUGUUCUGCCUGUGUGGACGGAUAUACAAGGAUAUCUUCCUGGACUCGGACUGCAAAGACAUGAAGAACAGGGACAACGCCAUACAGUGGUACAGGAAGGGGUUUGAGCUGCAGCCGACUCUCUACUCCGGCAUCAACCUGGCCGUCCUGCUGAUAGUUGCGGGCCAACAGUUUGAGAGCUCCAUGGAACUGAGGAAAAUAGGUGUGAGGCUGAACAGCCUGCUCGGGCGCAAAGGGUCCCUGGAGAAGAUGAACAACUACUGGGACGUGGGCCAGUUCUUCACUGUUGGCAUGCUGGCCAGCGACAUCCCCAAAGCGACUCAGGCUGCAGAGAAGCUCUUCAAACUCAAGCCGCCUCUCUGGUAUUUGCGGUCCGUGGUGCAGAACCUGCAGCUGAUCCUGAGGUUCAAGAAGCAGUCGGUGGAACAUUCUCCACAGCGGGAGAGACUCAACUUCUGGAUGGACAUCAUCGUGGAAGCCACGCAGGGAACCACCAACCGGCUGCGCUUUCCGGUGUUGAUUCUGGAGCCCACCAAGGUUUACCAGCCCUCGUACGUGUCCAUCAACAACGAGGCGGAGGAGAAGAACGUCUCCAUCUGGCACGUUUCUCCCGCUGAAACGAAAGGGAUCCACGAGUGGAACUUCACUGCCAUGUCCAUCAAAGGCAUCAGCAUAAGUAAGUUCGAUGAGCGCUGCUGCUUCCUCUACGUCCACGACAACUCGGAUGACUUCCAGAUCUACUUCUCCACCGAGGAGCAGUGCAGUCGGUUCUGUUCCAUGGUGAAGGAGAUGAUAUCCGACGGCACGGGCAACGCCGUGGAACUGGAGGGGGAAGGAGACGGAGACACGCUGGAGUACGAGUAUGACACGGACGAGACAGGGGACAGGGUGGUGCUCGGGCGGGGCACCUACGGAGUGGUGUACGCCGGGAGGGACGUCAGCAACCAGGUCCGAAUCGCCAUCAAGGAGAUCCCCGAGAGGGACAGCAGAUACUCGCAGCCCCUUCACGAGGAGAUCGCCCUCCACAAGUACCUGAAGCACAGGAACAUUGUUCAGUACCUGGGCUCCGUUUCGGAGAACGGGUACAUCAAGAUCUUCAUGGAACAAGUGCCCGGAGGAAGCCUGUCGGCGUUGCUGCGCUCCAAGUGGGGCCCGCUGAAGGAGGCCACAAUCAUCUUCUACACCAGGCAGAUCCUGGAGGGGCUCCGGUACCUGCACGACAACCAGAUCGUCCACCGGGACAUCAAGGGGGACAACGUGUUGGUGAACACCUACAGCGGCGUCUUGAAGAUCUCCGACUUUGGAACCUCCAAGCGGUUGGCGGGAGUGAACCCGUGCACGGAGACGUUCACCGGCACGCUGCAGUACAUGGCUCCGGAAAUCAUCGACAAGGGCCCUCGGGGCUACGGGGCCCCGGCCGACAUCUGGUCCCUGGGGUGCACCAUCAUAGAAAUGGCCACUGGGAAACCGCCCUUCCACGAGCUGGGAGAACCACAGGCGGCCAUGUUUAAGGUGGGCAUGUUCAAGAUCCACCCGGAGAUCCCCGAGUCGUUGUCGCUGGAGGCCAAGUCGUUCAUCUUGCGCUGCUUCGAGCCGGACCCCAACAAGAGAGCCAUCACCUCGGACCUCCUCAGAGACACGUUUGUCAGACAAAACAGCAAAGGCAAGAAGAGCAAGAUCGCCUUCAAGCCGUCAGACUACAUCCCCAGCGUGUCGCUGCCGGUGCAGCUGCAGUGCGAGGCCAUCGGCGGCAGCAGCAGCAGCGAGCCGGGUUCCAUUAGCCCGGACUGCGACUCCAAACACGACGUUUUCUUCCUGAAGAAGAAGAGCCCACACUCGGAGAACCCGCUGAAGCCGCCCAACUCCAACUACCUGAGUGUUCCGGACGAGGGUUCGGCGUCGUACGACCGCAGCGCGCCCCCCUCCCCCGAGGACAGGGACGGCGGUCUGUUCCUGCUGAAGAAGGACAGCGAGAGGCGGGCCAUUCUGUUCAGGGUCCUCAACGACGACCAGGCGAAGGUCAUCUCCAACCUGAAGGAGAACCACAUCCAGGGCAUUGAAGAGCUCCAGCUCUCCGUCGAUCACAUCAAGCAGAUCAUCUGCAUCCUCCGAGACUUCAUCCAUUCCCCGGAGAGGCGCGUCAUGGCGGCCACCAUCUCCAAGCUCAAGCUGGACCUGGACUUCGACUCCACCUCCAUCAACCAGAUCCAGCUGGUGCUCUUCGGCUUCCAGGACUCGGUAAACAAAGUCCUGAGGAACCAUCACAUCAAACCUCACUGGAUGUUUGCGAUGGAUAACAUCAUCCGGCGGGCCGUGCAGGCCGCGAUCACCAUCCUCAUUCCAGAGCUGCAGACCCACUUCGGCCCGGCGUCCGAGUGCGAGGGGGCGGAGAAGGAGGACGAGGUGGACGAGGAGGAAGCGGAGUUCAGUCCCGUCUCUGCUUCCCCCGCCGACGCCGCCGCCACCGCCGUGGCUGACUCCGCCCACCCGGUGGCCUGCAGGCAGAACUCGCAGGAGCACCUGCGCUCGCAUCAUCAGCUGGGCGUACAGCUGGGGCACCUCAAACAGGAGACCAACAGGCUGCUGGAGGAGCUGCUGCAGAAGGAGAAGGAGUACCAGCAGGUCCUGAAGGCCACCCUGCAGCAGAGAUCACACGACACGGAGCUGGUCCGCGUCCGGCACAGGCCGCUAGAUGUUUUGCCUCCCUCCAUCUUCAAGAUCCCGGCGGACCACGAAACGGACAAGCCGCUCACCGAUUGGCUCAAAGAGCAGGGGGCGGACGCCGACACCGUGGACAAGUUCGUGCUGGAGGAGUACACGCUGAUCGACGUCCUCACCGAAGUCACCAAAGACGACCUCCACCGCCUGCGUCUACGGGGUGGAGUACUCUGCCGCAUCUGGCGGGCCAUCCAGCGGCACCGAGAGCGAGAGAGGCUGAGGCCCGACGAGCGCUCGGGAGGCGACGCGUGACGGGACGGGCAGCUCUGGGGGACUCUGCUACGCAGUAAACACGCACACAUCUGCACACAUCUGCACAAUACCGCCCCCCCCCAGCGGGGAUCCCUCUUGUUCUCUCUCUCUCACUCUCUCUCUCUCUACAUCUGCACACAGCAGACCAAAGCGCAGGUAAACGCUACAAUGUGACUCGCCAUGUCUGUCAUGUGACCGAAGGCUCCAUACAUCUAAAGGAAUUUUGCCAAAACUUGCACUUGACACAGGUUUGAAUCGCUAGAUCGGGACAAACCAAAACAAUUAACCAAACCCCACAAUGAAGAGAAGACAUUGUAAUUAUCUGUAAACUCAUAUCUUAUAUUGAUGAGCUACUUUGUUGCCUUUUCUACAAGAACUAUGAAGAAACAAGUCAAGUAUUAAAUGCAUUAUGAAAAAGCACCAAUUAAGAUUGACAAGUAAAUCUGUUUUGAUUCUUUACUGCACUAAAGAAAGAAGUCUACAUGUUUAAAAUUGUUAACUACAUCAUUGCCUUGACAAAUGUACGCAUGACAGUAAUGUUUCCUUGAUGUUCUUAAUGAAGUUACAACUCUUUGUUCUGUGUAUUUAAAUGUUCUUAAUUUUAUUCCAACUGUUGUGCGUACAUUCUCGUCAGUUUCAUCGAUCGCUUUCAAAAUUCAAUAAACCUGGAAAUAAUGAAAUCUGCUGCCUUUUGUGUGUGAGGGAAUCGAUGCGUUCCAACGUGUUGAACUCGAACCGGUUUGCCUCCUCGCAGACUAGCUCUGGAUUUCCAGCGUUAAUUCGUAUCCUUUUUG